GGAGGCCGGUGAGCAGGUGGAACCCGCCGGCUCUCAGAGGCGGGGCGCGGGCUUCCGGUGCCGGUGCUGCCUCGCGCCGCGGUGGUCUGGCGCCGGCGGGGAGGGUAGUUGCGGGGCGUGCGGACGCAGGCUCGGGAGUCCAUCUCUUGCGCUCAGUCGCCUGCGCGGAGGUUGGGGCGUACCUGCGGAGGGCGUACCGGGGCGUGAGGAGGACGAAGGGCAUGGUCCGAGCCUGAGGGAUCCGAGCUCCAGCCUUUACGCAUACUGAGUUUCCAGUGAUGAAUAGCAUACAGUCCCUGCCCUCAAAGAAGUCUGCCUACUGGGAAAGACAAGACAGCCCCGUGAAAAGAUGACUCUAGGACAGGUAGACCUGGCAGGGCAACCCCUGUCGGGUGAAGCUCCCCGUCUCUCCUCCGAUCCCCCACCUUCGGGGGCCGCCGGCUGCAGGAUGAACUGCCGCUCGGAGGUGCUGGAGGUGUCAGUGGAAGGGCGGCAGGUGGAGGAGGCCAUGCUGGCUGUGCUGCACACGGUGCUGCUGCACCGCAGCACGGGCAAGUUCCACUACAAGAAGGAGGGCACCUACUCCAUCGGCACCGUGGGCACCCAGGAUGUCGACUGUGACUUCAUCGACUUCACCUACGUGCGCGUCUCCUCCGAGGAGCUGGACCGCGCCCUGCGCAAGGUUGUCGGGGAAUUCAAGGAUGCGCUGCGCAGCUCCGGUGGCGACGGGCUGGGGCAGAUGUCCUUGGAAUUCUAUCAGAAGAAGAAGUCCCGCUGGCCCUUCUCAGACGAGUGCAUCCCCUGGGAAGUGUGGACGGUCAAGGUGCACGUGGUCGCCCUGGCCACGGAGCAGGAGCGGCAGAUCUGCCGGGAGAAGGUGGGAGAGAAGCUCUGCGAGAAGAUCAUCAGCAUCGUGGAGGUGAUGAACCGGCACGAGUACCUGCCCAAGAUGCCCACGCAGUCCGAGGUGGACAACGUGUUCGACACUGGCUUGCGGGACGUGCAGCCCUACCUCUACAAGAUCUCCUUCCAGAUCACCGACGCCCUGGGCACCUCGGUGACCACCACCAUGCGCAGGCUCAUCAAAGACACCCUUGCCCUCUAGGCCUCUCGGGGGCCUUGGGUGCUCCUUGAUGGCUCGCAGACCUUGGCUUCUAGGGAUCGUACUGUUAGGCCCUUGGGGCUCUGGAACCUGCUCCAGGUCCUUGAUGAGAUUGGAAUGGCCACCCCUGGCUUCCUUGUUUUGUGGUCACCAGUAUCUGGUCAUUCUCUUAACCUUUGCUGAUGGUCAAGUCUGGCCUCCACUGUCUCCCCACAGCCCUGUGGGGUCCUGCUUCCUUCUCCACUGUACAGAAGAGCCAUCUGCUAGGGUGGUGAAUAAAGCUGAGAAUGUGAGUUUGGGUCAAGCCGUCUCUCCCUUGGCUUGUGUUGUACCCUGAAAUGUCCACACUUUCUGGCAGACCUGUGAGGACACAGGUGUGUGUUGAGGGCAUUCUUCCAAGGUGAAGGGAAUGCCUAGAUGGGAUUAAAGACAGAUGAAAACCGA